UGUACUUGCAGUCUAGCACACCACGCAGCACAGCAGCAGAUCUGGAUCCCCUGCUCAGUUUGCUCGUGUUCCCGCAUCUGACCGCUGUCUCCUUCCUUCGUCUUCUUCCUCCUCCUGAGUCCCGAACUCCCGAUCCGAUCUCCACAAAAAAAAUUCCGGGUGGGGUUUGGUUACUGUUCUGGUCUCCGGGAAGGACUCUCCGUAGCAGUAUAAAAUAGACUGGGAGUGCUGGCUGCUAUCCCCGGUCCGGUCCGAGAGCACGACCAGCAGCCGCCGAGAGAGAGAGAGAGAGAGAGAGAGCGCUUGAUGCCAUCUUGAUCCCCCAUCGCUGUCUCGUUAAAAUAAGCCCCGUCCCACGUUAGGCGGCAUCCCCUCCAGAGUUCUCCAUUUGUGGGUUCCUCUCUCGCUCUGUUUUCCGAGGGGGGUGAUUUUAGGUGCGAGGGGGCAAUGGCGGCGGCGGCGGUGAAGAAUGGCGCGGGCGGGGAUACCAAGGCGGACUUCGCGCGGAUCUACGAGGCGCUCAAGGAGGAGCUGCUCAGGGACCCCGCCUUCGAGUUCACCGACGAGUCGCACCAGUGGAUCGACCGCAUGCUGGACUACAAUGUGCUGGGAGGAAAGUGUAACCGUGGGCUCUCUGUGGUGGAUAGCUAUAAGCUGUUGAAAGGUGUUGAUGUUCUGGGUGAGGAGGAGAUGUUUCUUGCCAGCAGUCUUGGUUGGUGCAUUGAAUGGCUUCAAGCCUUCUUUCUUGUGCUUGAUGAUAUCAUGGAUGACUCGCACACUCGACGUGGCCAGCCUUGUUGGUUUAGGGUGCCUCAGGUUGGAUUCAUUGCUGUAAAUGAUGGGAUUAUCCUUCGCAACCAUAUUUCGCGUAUCCUUCGACUUCACUUUAGGAAGAAACCUUACUAUGCUGAUCUACUUGAUUUAUUCAACGAGGUUGAGUUCAAGACAGCUUCAGGUCAAAUGCUGGACCUUAUCACAACUCACGAGGGAGAAAAAGAUCUAACAAAAUAUAACAUAGGAGUUCACCGCCGAAUUGUUCAAUUCAAGACAGCCUACUAUUCGUUUUAUCUGCCGGUUGCGUGUGCACUGCUGCUCUCCGGUGAGAAUUUGGAAAACUACAGUGCUGUAGAGAAUAUCCUUGUUGAGAUGGGAACAUACUUCCAAGUCCAGGAUGAUUAUCUAGACUGUUAUGGUGAUCCUGAAUUUAUUGGCAAGAUUGGAACUGACAUUGAAGAUUACAAGUGCUCAUGGCUAGUUGUCCAAGCUCUUGAGCGUGCUGACGAAAGCCAAAAGAACAUCCUAUUUGAAAAUUAUGGAAAGAAAGAUCCAGCUUGUGUGGCAAAAGUGAAGAAUCUCUACAAAGAACUUAACCUAGAGGCGGUAUUUCAUGACUACGAGAGCGAGAGUUACAAGAAGCUGAUCGCAGAUAUCGAAGCGCAGCGGAGCGUUGCCGUUCAGAAGGUUCUGAAGUCCUUCUUGCAUAAGAUUUACAAGAGGCAGAAGUAGGGCUCCUCUUGGACAGGAACCUGUUCCAGUGUUGCAUGCUUGAUAGAUGACUAGAGUGAUAUUGGUUCAUCAUUUAGUUGCUUCAUGCUUGUAUGUUGCGCCUUGCUGCUCCUGGUAAUAAUGAUGCAAGGCGCUAUUUCGGGUUUGAUGGACCGCAAUUCCUAGUUCUGUAAUUUGCAUCCUACCUUAUUUUUUUUCUCCUUCUGAUGUACUACUUUCCUAGUUGCUUUAGAGAAGUGAAUUGCUGUUGUAUCUCCACGGCAAUUCUAAUUCCACAGAAUAUUGUUUAUGGAAGUUAGCACUCCCUGCA